GUAUACCAAUACCAUUCUCCGAUUCUCUCUUCGCCAGGCAUCAGUUCAUAUCCUUAUCCGCUUUUCCUCCCUCAUCGAACAGUAGUCAGUCAACACUCAACGGAGCACUGACGAUGGCGUUCUGCGGCACGGUGCAGCUGCUGAGCCCCAGUAUCGGCCCUUCCCUCAGCUCCCCACGCAGAGUAGCCACCUCCUCCGUCUCUCAUCCCACCGCUUCACCCUGUCUUUCUUCUUCUUCAACCACCAUCAAAUGCGAUCACUCCACUUCACUUCCUCUUCCUGACCCCUCAAAUUGCUUCCCUAAACCUAAAACCCUCCCCUCUCUCCCCAAAGCCCUAGCUUUCUGUGCUGCCUCCGGUCUCCUUUUUCACCUAUCCUCCUCUGCCCCUCCUCUUUUCUCUAUCACCAGUCACGGCCCGGGCAACAGCGGCCCCGUCGACGGAAACGGUGGCGGUGGCGGUGGCGGUGGCGGUGGUUGGGGUUGGAAUGGCAAUGGAGGUGGAGGUGAUAAUGGCGGUUUAUGGUCGCGGUUAUUCUCUCCGUCAGCACUAGCUGGAGAAGAAGAAUCUCAAUCUCAAGAAUGGGAUGCGCAUGGUCUUCCCGCCAACAUCGUGGUUCAGCUCAACAAGCUCAGCGGAUUUAAGAAGUACAAGAUUUCCGAGAUUCUAUUCUUCGACCGUCGCCGUUGGGCCACCGUCGGCACCGAAGAUUCCUUCUUCGAGAUGGUCUCCCUCCGACCCGGCGGUAUUUACACCAAAGCCCAUCUUCAGAAGGAGCUUGAAACCCUAGCAACAUGUGGGAUGUUCGAGAAGGUAGAUCUCGAGGGGAAGAGCAAACCCGAUGGAACCCUCGGUAUCACGAUUUCCUUCACCGAGAGCACGUGGCAGUCGGCAGACUCCUUCCGUUGCAUCAAUGUUGGUUUGAUGCCGCAGUCCAAGCCCGUGGAGAUGGACCCUGACAUGACUGAUAAGGAGAAACUGGAGUAUUUCCGGAGUCAGGAGAAGGAUUACAAGAGGAGAAUUGAGAGGGCAAGGCCGUGUCUAUUGCCGCUCCCUGUUCAACGCGAGGUAUUGCAGAUGCUAAGGGAGCAGGGGAAGGUCAGUGCCAGGUUACUACAGAGGAUUCGGGACCGAGUUCAGAAGUGGUACCACGACGAAGGCUACGCUUGUGCGCAGGUGGUGAAUUUCGGCAAUCUCAAUACGAAGGAGGUGGUAUGUGAGGUUGUGGAGGGAGAUAUUACCCAAAUGGUUGUACAGUUUCAAGAUAAGCUUGGGAAUGUCUGUGAGGGUAAUACCCAACUUGCUGUCGUCAGGAGAGAAUUGCCCAAACAGCUUCGACAAGGCCAUGUUUUCAAUAUAGAAGCGGGGAAACAAGCUCUCAGGAAUAUAAAUUCUCUUGCUUUAUUCUCCAAUAUUGAAGUGAACCCACGGCCAGAUGAAAAGAACGAUGGAGGAAUCAUAGUUGAGAUAAAGCUGAAGGAGCUCGAGCAAAAGACAGCUGAAGUCAGCACAGAGUGGAGUAUCGUUCCUGGACGUCAAGGUCGACCCACCCUGGCUUCAAUCCAGCCUUCGGGAACCGUUUCCUUUGAGCAUCGGAAUCUCAAUGGGCUGAAUAGAUCCAUUCUAGGUUCAGUAACCACCAGCAAUUUCCUCAAUCCACAGGAUGAUCUUGCUUUCAAGCUUGAGUAUGUACAUCCAUAUCUUGAUGGUGUAUACAAUCCUCGCAACCGUACUUUCCGUGCAAGCUGCUUCAACAGCCGGAAACUGAGCCCAGUUUUCACGGGUGGACCUGGCAUUGAAGAAGUUCCACCCAUAUGGGUUGAUCGAGCAGGCUUCAAAGCCAAUAUAACAGAGAGCUUCACUCGGCAGAGCAAAUUUACGUAUGGAUUGGUGAUGGAGGAAAUAACAACACGAGAUGAAAGCAGUCACAUUUCUGCUAAUGGUCAGCGGCAAUUGCCAAGUGGAGGAAUCACUGCAGAUGGACCUCCGACAACCCUCAGUGGCACUGGCAUUGAUCGGAUGGCAUUUGCACAGGCAAAUAUCACACGCGAUAACACCACGUUUGUGAAUGGAGCCAUUGUGGGUGAGAGGAAUGUGUUUCAGAUGGACCAAGGCCUUGGAAUUGGCAGCAAGUUCCCAUUCUUUAAUCGCCACCAGCUAACGGUGACCCGCUUCGUCCAGUUGAAGCAGGUUGAGGAAGGUGCUGGUAAUCCACCACCCCCUAUAUUGGUUCUUCAUGGCCAUUAUGGUGGUUGUGUGGGAGAUCUCCCCAGUUAUGAUGCUUUUACACUCGGUGGACCUUACUCUGUGAGGGGAUACAAUAUGGGCGAGCUUGGAGCUUGCAGAAACAUCCUGGAGCUUGCAGCUGAGCUGCGUAUACCCGUGAGGAGCACCCACAUUUAUGCUUUUGCUGAACAUGGCAAUGAUCUUGGAAGUUCAAAGGAUGUGAAGGGCAACCCAACAGAAUAUUACCGUCGAGCAGGUCAAGGCUCCUCAUAUGGCGUUGGUGUGAAGCUGGGUCUAGUGCGUGCAGAGUAUGCUGUUGAUCAUAAUUCUGGGACUGGUGCAAUUUUCCUUAGGUUUGGCGAAAGGUUUUGAGAGGAACGGUUUCAUUUAAUUUCAAAAUUUUGCUUGAGAUCCAUUUCUUUUCUGGCAUUGCUGCAGUUAGAGAGAAUUUUUUUUUCGAACUUGUAGGCUGAAAAUCGGAGUUAUUUUGUAUACUAUACUAGAGAUAGGUUCUCGUAAAAGUCAAAUUCAAGGCUUCCUGCUCGGAUGAAUCUGGAGAGAAAUCCCAAGUUUGUGCGUAGGACAUUUGGACCUACUUAUCUAUUCUUACCGUAUUUGGAA